AUGGCAAGGCCACAUGUUCUAGUCAUUCCUUACCCUGUCCAAGGACAUGUGAUUCCUUUAAUGGAGCUUUCUCUAUGCUUAGUUAAACAUGGGAUCAAAGUAAGCUUUGUAAACACCAAGUAUAAUCAUGAGAGGAUCACGAGUUCAUUUGCAGAGGGAAGUGACAUAGGAUCAAAAAUUAGUCUGGUGUGGAUAGCUGAUGGGUCAGAUUCUGCAGAGAAGGCAAAAAAGCCGGUGUCCACUGGAGAAGUCUUGAGACACAUGCCUGGGAAAGUUGAAGAGCUCAUUGAUUGUUUGAUUAAUGGUUCAGAAAGUGAGAAGAUAAGCUGUGUUCUUGCUGAUCAAAGCAUUGGAUGGGCCCUUGAUAUUGCCAAGAAGAAAGGAAUUACACGAGCAGCCUUCUGUCCUGCAGCAGCAGCACAGUUGGUGCAUGGAUUGAGCAUCCCAAAGUUGAUUGAGAAUGGAAUCAUUGACAAAAAUGGAACACCAUUGAGAAAAGAGACCAUUCAACUAUCACCUUCAAUGCCUAGCCUUAGUACUGAAAACCUCGCCUGGCUUAAUGUUGGGAACCUGACCACUCAGAAGCAUAUUUUUGAACUGAUGAUGAGGAACAUUAAGUCUAUGCAGCUCACUGAAUGGCUUCUCUGCAAUUCAAGUAAUGUCCUUGAGCAAUCUGCAUUUACUUUGUCUCCAAAUAUCAUACCCAUAGGCCCACUUCUGACAAGCAAUGCUUCAGGAAACUCAGUGGGCAAUUUCUGGCCCCAAGACCUCACUAUUAUGAACUGGCUAGAUCAGCAGUCACCUAGUUCAGUUAUUUAUGUUGCGUUUGGAAGUUUCAGAACUAUGAGUCCAACCCAGUUCCGAGAACUGGCUUUAGGGCUUGAACUUUCCAACAGACCUUUUAUCUGGGUUGCACAACCGGACUUCAGACAAGGGAACAAUAAUGAAUACCCUCAAGGAUUCGAAGACAGAGUUGGUGAUCGUGGUCAAAUGGUUGGUUGGGCUCCGCAGAAGAAGAUUCUGAGUCAUGCUUCAGUUGCUUGCUUCAUAAGUCAUUGUGGUUGGAACUCCACCAUGGAAAGUGUAAGCAAUGGAAUUCCCAUUCUUUGCUGGCCUCACUUUGCAGAUCAGUUCCUGAAUAAGAGCUAUGUCUGUGAUGUUUGGAAUGUGGGAAUGGGAUUUGAGACAGAUGAAAGGGGCAUAAUCACAAGCAAUGAAAUUAGAGGCAAAAUUGAGCAACUCUUGAAUGAUGAGGAUUUGAAGGAGAGGGCAAAACAUCUCAAGGAAAAAGUUCUAAGUGGAAUCAGAGAAGGUGGUAAAUCUCGCAAUAAUCUAGAUGGUUUUGUCAAGUGGAUCAAAAUGAAGAAUUAGAUCUACGAAGUGUUGCAAUGAUGUUAAACUUCUCAGCCUACCUUAUAAAAUAAAUGAACAAGAAUCUAAAUCCAUA